CACACACACACACACGCGCGCGCACAGAGGGGACAUCAGAGGGUCUUGUUUUCUCUGUGGAGGUUCUCUGCCUGUCCAUAACCCGUGAAGACUUCAUGAAGCUCGUCGCCACAGCAUGUGUCCCGGAACCCGCACAGAUCCUGCUGCUGCUGGCGCAUGUGGUGUCCUCGAUGCCCUCGGGCUGCCCGGAGCGCUGUGUGUGUGAUGACCAGCACGUCGUCCAGUGUGCUGAACAAGAUCUCCGCAGAUUCCCAACGGGACUCCCGCUGACCACGCGCCAGCUGAUCCUGUCCAACAACCGCAUCUCUGAUUUACCCGCGAUCGAGCUCAACUACCUGUCCGACCUCGCGUAUCUGGACUGCAGCAAUAAUUCCCUCGCGCACAUAUCCCAAUCCACAUUUGGGAACCUGAGAAAGCUGGCGUAUCUGGACCUGUCCUUCAACUCCUUCUGUAAGAUCGAGGAGCAGACGUUCAGCGCGCUGGAGAGCCUGGUGAUGCUGAGACUGACGGACAACCCCGGGCUCUCAGAGUUUCACCCUCAGGCUUUCUCUCACGCCAGUGCUCUUCAGGUGCUGGACAUCAGCAGGAACAACCUGAGCAGACUCAACGUGAGCUCGCUAGUGUCUCUGGCGGGGCUCCGGUCUCUCGGGCUCAGCGGGAACCCGUGGCUGUGCGCCUGCGACGCCGAGGAGCUCUGCUCGUGGAUGCACGCGGACACCUUUAAGUUUCAAGAGGAGGGACAGACAGUGUGUGGGGGUCCUUCAUCUUUACAGGGCCAGCGUCUCUCACAGUUGGGCCUUUGGUUGAGAAGACAAUGCUACCCCGGACUGGCUCACCAGGAUUACCUCUUCUUUGUGACUAUAGGUUUUGUCAUCUUUGGAGUAGGUACAGUACUGGCAUGGGCAGCUGGCAUGGUGAUAGUGCUCUGCCAGCGCUGUGUCAGAUGGAGGAAGGACAGACCAAAUGUUGCCAUGCCUGAGGAGGAAGUUAAACCAGGACAAAGUGGGUAAGGGGCAUAAACCUGAGUCCAAUCCUAUAAGGAGUACUGACAGGGAACUGCAUCAAAAAGUGAAGUGACAAUCUUUUUGACUGAGGAAAAAAAAAAAAAAAAAGCCAGCUGACACAGGCUGCAUCCGAGGACAGCACAAGGAGGAAGAAAGGGAACAAGUCCCAUCCUCUCUAUAUUGACAUUCAUCAGAUCGAUUUCUGAAGACAACAUAGAUGUAUCCUUUGCUGCCUAUGAUAUCCCAUAAUCCUGUGCAUUUCAUACUGGGGCCAUUGAGUUAAAAAAUAAAAUUACUCUUGGAAGCUGUGAUUGGUGGUCAGUUUGUAUGUAAAUGUUUUUCCACCUUUUGAUUUCAUUUCUAGCAAGCAAUUAGUAUUGUAGUAAUUAAAUAUUUCCUUAGAUA